CCACCUCGUCCCCGUAAUCAAUCUAUUGACCGCCCGGACCCGAGCCCGACCCCGGCGGCACCGAGCGGAAUCGCGGCGGUCAAAGCCCCCCGCGUCGCCGCGGUUUCCACGGGCCGGGCUGCCUGCUGCUCUCGGGAGCUCGGAUCAGGGGCGCGGGGGCGAGCUAGGGUUCCACUGUUCCAGAGCGAGAGCUAGCGGGAGCUAGCGGGAGCGGGAGCGCGCUGCCGUCCUGCGCCGGCGGCCGCGGGGGAGUUGGAGAGAUUGGGAGAGAUGGACGCGUUCCUGCAGAAGCUCAAGCGGCUGGACGCGUACCCCAAGGUGAAUGAGGACUUCUACAAGCGUACGCUUUCCGGCGGCGUCGUCACGCUCGUCGCCGCCGUCGUCAUGCUGCUGCUCUUCAUCUCCGAGACCAGGUCAUAUUUUUAUUCAGCAACAGAGACUAAGUUAGUGGUUGACACAUCAAGAGGAGAAAGGCUACGAGUAAAUUUUGAUAUUACUUUUCCAAGCAUUCCUUGCACUCUCCUCAGCGUUGAUACGACGGAUAUUAGUGGAGAGCAGCAUCAUGAUAUUAGGCAUGACAUUGAGAAAAGAAGAUUAGAUUCACACGGUAAUGUUAUUGAAUCAAGAAAAGAAGGCAUUGGUGGAACAAAGAUCGAGAGACCAUUGCAAAAACAUGGAGGAAGGCUUGACAAAGGUGAACAAUAUUGUGGCACAUGUUAUGGUGCUGAGGAGUCAGAUGAGCAAUGCUGUAAUUCUUGCGAAGAAGUCAGGGAGGCAUAUAAGAAGAAAGGAUGGGCCCUUACAAAUCCUGACCUAAUUGACCAGUGCACAAGAGAGGAUUUUGUUGAAAGAGUUAAAACUCAGCAAGGUGAAGGCUGCAAUGUCCGCGGCUUUUUAGAUGUCAGUAAGGUUGCUGGAAAUUUCCACUUUGCCCCAGGAAAAGGAUUUUAUGAAUCAAACAUAGAUGUGCCGGAGCUAUCGUUACUUGAAGGUGGUUUCAAUAUCACUCACAGAAUAAACAAACUGUCCUUUGGGACAGAAUUCCCUGGUGUUGUUAAUCCACUUGAUGGUGCUCAAUGGACACAGCCAGCAUCAGAUGGGACAUACCAGUAUUUCAUAAAAGUUGUCCCUACAAUAUACACUGAUAUAAGAGGGCACAAGAUUCAUUCAAACCAGUUCUCGGUGACGGAGCACUUCAGAGAUGGAAAUAUUCGUCCAAAACCCCAACCUGGUGUAUUUUGCUUCUAUGAUUUCUCACCCAUAAAGGUGAUAUUCACAGAAGAAAAUAGAUCCCUACUCCACUACCUGACGAACCUCUGUGCAAUUGUGGGAGGCGUGUUCACUGUCUCUGGCAUCAUCGAUUCAUUCAUAUACCAUGGACAGAAGGCACUCAAGAAGAAAAUGGAGCUAGGCAAGUACAGAUGAUCGACAUCGCCCUUAUGCCGGCCCUCAUCUUUUCCAAGUUCUGUGGCAUGUAAGGAGGGAAUGACGAGAAGCCACUUACGUUGCUGAGGUUGCAAGCCCAACAAACUGAUCUUAUUGCACGUUUGCUGAUCAGAUGUUACCUGUAAAAAUACAAGGAAUAGCCUGAUCUUGGAGAAGUGCAUUGAUGUCUAUCAUCGUUGACUGUCCUUGAAUGGCCUGAACUGGGAGGUGGGGUAAUUUGGAGGUGGAUAGAUCAUAGAUCGCACAGAAUGUUUCUCGUGAAAGUCUGUUGAAGGAAACAACUUCACUCAUGGUGUCGCGCAUCUAACUUUGUUCGCUGGUUGCUGCUGCUAUUCAGGACGAACUAGAACGAUUCCAUUUGAUUAUAUUGCUUUCCCUUAGUGGCCUUACACGAUUACCCUUUUUUCA